AUGCUCGCAUCAAAACUUCUAUUGGGCCUAUCAAUGGCCGUUCAAUGGUCUACAGCCUGCGAUCCAGACCCCAGUGCUGGUGAUGGCAUUUUCACCAUUGGCACGGAUGGCCCGGCCCCUCCAGAAACACUAGGCUACUUCAUCAACCACGUCGGUCUCCUUACCAACAACCUCGCCGACAUGGAACACUUCUACGUCGAUAUUCUCGGCAUGCGCCACUUGUUCCACGUCCAACUUACCGCCGAGUUUACCGUCACCUACCUGGGCCAUUCCCAGGGCGGUCGAAACGGAACGGGGUAUCAAACCGGUGCCGAAUUGAACCUCGCAAAGAACAACCUCGCCGGUCUUCUCGAACUCGUCCAGUUCAAUGUGACUGAUGACACCCUCCUGGCAUCCACAAAGCGCACCAACACUUUCGGACACGUCGGCCUCAUCGUCCCGGAUAUCGCCAAAGCACAGGACUACUUGGAGAGCAACGGUGUUGAGAUCCUGAAACGCGUCGGAGACCCCAUCAAUACCUUCAUCGGCCCGGUCAACAAUGCAUUUGGCAUCGGCGAGUAUGCGGGUGUGCAUCAUGCUGCCAAGCAGAGACUCAUGGAUGCUCAGGGUAUUAUUGGACUACCUCUCCUUCUGAUGGUUGCCGAUCCGGACGGCAAUUUGGUCGAGAUCCAGCAGCAGGAACAACCUACCGGUGUCCUGUGA